AUGAGGAAAUUCUUCAGAGAGGUUAUAGACACCGCCGUUGAGACUCUAUCACCGGAGCGUCCGUCUUCAUCUUCAUCGUCUAGACAUCGCCGACAUCGAAGGGACAGCGAUCAUCACCACCAUCUUCGAAGGGACAGCAGCUGUCGCCAGAAACGAAAUCUCAGGGAGAGCGACGAGCGACAUCCUAAUGCAUUGCGUUACCAUGGGCAGCGUUCACGCCCACGAUACGAUGAUGACGAUGAAUAUGAUGAUGAGUACGAACGAGAACGGGACAGAACGCGCAGUAGUGGUAGCAGUAGAUACGACUACGACGAUAGGAGUACUCGAGAUCGAGAUCGAGAACGGCGAUAUUCACCACAGCGGGAACGGGAACGGGAGCGAGAGCGUGAAUGGGAUCGAUAUGAAGAUAGAGAUAUGGCACGAGACCGAGACAGGGCCUCGUACCGACACAGGUAUCCCUCACCGUCUCCCUCACCGUCACCGUUACCUUCACCAUCUCCUUCCCCUCGUCCCGUUCAAAACCCACGCACUGACCCGCGCUCCCCUCUAUCACGAACCUUCAACGACGACCCACGAUUCCGUGAGGGUGAUGAAGUCGUAGAAGAAACCAAUCGAGAAUCAUCUCGGUCUCAAGGUUGGGUGCGUGAUGCUGGGGUACGGUAUGUGAGAGAUCGACAUGGAAAUCCUGUGCGAAGAACGAGUUAUGUAGAUGAGUAUAUUAGACGGGAGGACGGGGUUGAGUAUGAUGAGUAUGAUGAUGGGAGGAAUUAUAGUGGUGGGAGAUAUAGGGACGGGUUUAAGGGCACAACUCCUGGUCCUGGUCCUGCUGGAGGUUAUACAGGGCGGCCCGGAGGCGCGAGCGCGGGACGGGAUGGAAGGGAUUCGGAUUCUCGUGAGGAUUUGUCGAAUAUUGCAAUCCCGAAGGAGCCAGGUAGGGUAUUGGGGGAAGUGGAGGACAGUGAAUCAGGUUCUUGA